AGAUUUAAGUUCGCGGGAAAACCAAACCAGAUAAGAUAACCCGAGGCGGAGAGAUAGAGGGGGGCAAGAAAAAACGCAAGGUGAAAAACAAAAACUAGGUAGGAUGGGGAGAGAGAGAGGGCGCAGGGCGCACACUUUUUAACCUUUUUUAUGUUGCACGCAUCCAGGGACCGUGGCAGUGGUAGAGAGAGAGAGAGAGAAGGGGCAAGCGCACCGCACCACCCGACGAAACAAGGAAGCACGAGGCCGAGCGCAGAGCUGCUGAGGGAGAGGGGGCUCGAGAGGAGAGAGAAGAGACGGGAGAGCUAGCUAGCACAGCAAGCACAGACCGCUCCUGCUCGCUGUCCUCCCUGUUCCACGCCCACGCACACAAGCAAGCGCACCACCACCGAGAAAAAACCGCCUCUCGCUCCAGAUCUCGCCGGCAGGGCGCGCUAUUAUGCGCGAGUAGGUAGAUGAGGGCGGCGCCCUUCAGUGCCGAGGGGAACGGGCCGGGAAGCAUCGAAGCGCUGCUUUGGCCGGAGGAGAAGAGCGGCGGCGGAGGACCGCUACUGGUGGAGCCGACGUCGGUGCUGGACUGCGGACGGAGCCCGAGCCCGCCGUACUCAACAUCGACGCUGUCUUCGUCCCUGGGCGCCGCCGCCGCGGACUCUACCGGCGUGGCGGCGGUUUCGGAGAACAGCGUCGCCGCCGCCGAAGCCACUAGAUGGGCGGCGCCCGGCGAGCACGGUGGCGGCGGCGGGGGCGGGGGCGGGAGGAAGGAGGAGUGGACCGGUGGUGAGCUGCCGCCGAUACCGGGCGGGCUGGAGUUCGUCGGGGAGGAGGGCUGGGACGCCAUGCUCAGCGACGCCGCGGGGGCCGCCGGACAGGAGCAGACAUUCCUGAACUGGAUCAUGGCCGCGCCAGGCGACAUGGAGCCGCUGGCGCCGCAGCUCCAGCACCACCAGCUCCUCGGCAAUGCCGCCGGCUUUGGGUUCCCAGCCUCGGACCCGCUCGGAUUCUCCCAGCAUCACCCCGCCGGCGCGCUCGCCUCCGACUUGUCGUCCGCUGGCGCAAGGUCGCUCACCAGCAGCAGCAAAGCCGCUUCCACUUUCGGCCUCCUCCAGGCCGAGGCGGCGCUUCAGCCGCCGCCGGCGACAACCAUGCCAUUCCACGACGGUGCCGAUAUAAAGCCCCCUCUUCGCGGCGUGCCGUCGCCCAGUCUACUCCACAACCAGCACCAGCCGACGCCGGCGGCCUCCUUCUUCAUGCCGCUCCCCUCCUUCCCCGACCAUCCGCAGCAGACACAUCUCCCACCGCCACUGAAGCGCCACCACUCCAUGCCCGACAACCUCUUCCUCCAAAACCAGCUCCAGCCACCGCCGCCGCCGCAAUGUUUCCCGUUCCCACCACUGCAUACCACCGCGCCCUUUCAGCUCCAGCCUUCGCUGCAACAGCAGCGGAGCGCGAUGAAAACAACCGGGGCGGCGCUGCAGCAGCAACACCUUCUGGACGAGCUUGCUGCGGCGGCAAAGGCGGCCGAGGUCGGCAACUCCAUCGGCGCGCGAGAGAUAUUGGCGCGGCUCAAUCAGCAGCUUCCCCCAAUUGGGAAGCCUUUCCUCCGCUCCGCCUCCUACCUCAAGGAGGCCCUCCUCCUCGCGCUCACCGGCGGCCACCACGGCUCCACCCGCCUCACCUCCCCACUCGACGUCGCCCUCAAGCUCGCCGCAUACAAGUCCUUCUCCGACCUCUCGCCCGUGCUACAGUUUGCCAAUUUCACGGCCACCCAGGCGCUUCUCGACGAGAUCGUCUGUACAACUGCUUCUUGUAUCCGCAUAAUUGAUUUCGACCUCGGCGUUGGCGGACAGUGGGCUUCAUUCUUGCAGGAGCUUGCACACCGCCGUGGAGCUGGGGGUAUCUCCCUGACAAUGUUGAAGCUCACAGCCUUCGUCUCGAGUGCCUCCCACCACCCGCUUGAGCUGCAUCUUACUCGGAACAAUCUCUCGCAAUUUGCUGCUGACCUUGGCAUUCCAUUUGAGUUCAGUGCCAUCAUUCUCGAUGCAUUUGAUCCUGCGGAACUCAUUGCUCCUACAGCUGAUGAGGUUGUUGCAGUUAGCCUCCCGGCCGGUUGCUCUGCACGUAUUCCACCUCUCCCGAUGCUGCUUCAGUUGGUAAAACAGCUUGCUCCUAAGAUUGUGGUGGCUAUUGACCAUGGCCGUGACCGUGGUGACCUCCCAUUUUCUCAGCACUUCAUGAAUUGCUUCCAGUCUUGUAUGUUCCUUCUCGACUCACUUGAUGCCGCUGGCACUGAUGCGGAUGCGGCCAGUAAGAUUGAGAGGUUUCUGAUUCAACCGAGAAUGGAGGAUGCAGUUCUUGGGCGGCAUAGAGCUGAAAAAGCAAUGGCUUGGCGGACAAUGUUCACAUCGGCUGGGUUUGCUCCAGUGCCUCUCAGCAACCUUGCGGAGGCACAGGCUGACUGCCUCUUGAAGCGGUUGCAGGUCCGGGGCUUCCAUGUGGAUAAAUGUGGAGUGGGUCUAGCACUCUACUGGCAGCACUGUGAGCUUGUGUCCGUCUCGGCGUGGCGGUGCUGAUCAUACCUGCCUCGUGCAUCAUUCCUACACCAUUUGCAGGCAUGCUUAACUCCAGUAAUAUGCAUUUUGUCUUGCAAUUAAAACAUUGCAAAGAAACUAUUGUGUUGGUUGUUGCACACCUCUGAUUGCUUUACUACUGUUGUUUAUUAACUAGGCCUAAUGAAUUUAGCAAUCUCGGUGUGGUCUCUCUAUAAUGUAAUGUGUUGGUCUAGGGUCUCACCACGCUGUUCUUGCUCUCUUCUCAGUUAGCCAGAGGAUAAUUUGGCAUAUUUGAUGGCCUUAUGGCAUAGCAUUAGUGUUUCUUGGCUGCUGUUUAGUUCGUCUGCCAGUUCUUCACCGUAUCCCUUUUUCCCCCUGUGAAUGUGCUUUAAACCAGAUCGUUGCAUAGUGGCAAUGAUGUUUGUCGUUUUACUUGGUAAAUUGGAGCAAGACUGACAUUUGAACUGAAAUGAUUGUAUAUAUUAACUUCCUUGA